UGCAAUCUAUACUCAACCAUGGAACCAGAUAAAGCAGCAGCAUCCAGCCUCUGUACUGAUGGUCAUUCUUUGCCAGAGGAAUUGCAUGAAAUAAAUACAGAGUUUUGUGACGAAAGCAUAACAUACUCAGAAGUCAGAGUUCAUGGUUCUUCAAAUAUUCAGGAGAAAAAGAAAAAGAAAAAGAAAAAGAAAAACGAGUCUCUGUGGUGCCUCGCUGCAGUGGCCUUUGCCUUGCUUUAUUUAAUCGCUCUGGUAGUCGCUGCAAUGAUGACAGCCAAAGUUUUCUGUCUAGAAGAGAUUCUGAAUACAGAGGAAUCCAAGCACCAAAAUAUCACUGCACAUUGCAAAAUAAUAUAGCAAAGCAGAAGGUAACGUCCUUCUCUGAAGAAAACAGAUAUUCUAUUUCUGCUGGAAAUAAAAUCUUGGCAGCAAGGAAACUGUUCUGAAGCAAUGAGUUCCAGUCUUAUCAAGACAAAUAGCAAGGAAGAAUUGGAAACAUGUGGCAAUAAAUUCCUUCCUAUGUUUUCCUAUACAGAAAAUAAUUACAGAGACGAUUUAACAUUUUGUGCUUACUCAAGUGUGCUAAACUCAACAUAUUAUAAUAAUUGGAGAUCUUUUAAUCAAACCCAAAAUAUGAGCUUAAAUGAUUAUGUGAUUUUUAAAUUGUAAAUAUAUUUGCAUAUAGAAGUAAAUGCUAAUAUAUUAAAAUUUCAGACCUUGGUAAAAAAAUGGGGGGGGGGGACCAUAAAGAACAUACAAACUAAAGGGUACUCAGUCUCAACUGGCACUUUAAAAAUACCUAACAUUUAUUGAUUGAUUCUAAUAUUCACGAUACUGCUUUAGUGUAUCAUAAGGCAUAUACUGCCCCAGUACUCCUAUGAGACAGCACUAGUAUGAUUGUUGUCAUAUUAAUAAAGAAACUGAGGCCCAGAGAGGAUGCGAACAUUUUCCAAAGUUGUGUAACUAGUAAGAAAUAGAAACAUGAUUUAAGCCAAGAUAGUUUCACGCUAGAGGGCAUGCAUGUAACCACUAUGCUGGAUUAAAAAAUCACAUCCAAUCACGUUACAAGAAUAUUGCUUCUUUAGAAAUAGUCAGGACUGCAGAUUUGCAUCUGGAUAUAUCUUUCAGAGAGGAACAAAUGAGAAAAAGAACUUUCAAGAAUAAAAUAUUAUAAUAGCUUUUCAUAAAGAAUGACUAUUUCUAUACUAUCCUCUGAAUGAUGAAAAAAUAAAGACAUUAAUAGAAGUGAUUUUUUUUCCCUUUAGUAGACUCCAGCAAGUUUAAAGAAUAUAGGUCUCCUUUAUAUCUUAGUUCUCAUCCAUUAUGUGACUGUUGCCUCUAUGUUGUUUCUUUUUUCCCCAUUGCAUACAAGGUCUGUUAUUUCCUUUAAUAAAGACUUCAGUCCAUAUCAGUAAUGGUAAAUUGAUGGCACAUAUGUUGGUAAUUUCUAUAUGACGAUCUUGGAAGACACUCUUCAUAAUUACA